GAGAGAGAGAGAUGCCUGAGCUGCAAGAGAGGAAGGCCCCAGCCUCCAAGAAAGGGGGCAAGAAGGCCGUCUCCAAGGCCAAGGUGAAGGGGGAGAAGAAAAGGCGAAGGGUGCGUAAGGAGAGCUACUCCAUCUACGUCUACAAGGUGAUGAAGCAGGUCCACCCGGACACCGGCAUCUCCUCCAAGGCCAUGAGCAUCAUGAACUCCUUCGUCAACGACAUCUUCGAGCGCAUCGCCACUGAGGCUUCCCGCCUGGCCCACUACAACAAGCGCUGCACCAUCACCUCCCGGGAGAUCCAGACCGCCGUGCGCCUGCUGCUGCCCGGGGAGCUGGCCAAGCACGCCGUGUCGGAGGGCACCAAGGCGGUGACAAAGUACACCAGCUCCAAGUAGAGACCCACGGAGAGGGAGAGGGAGAGAGAGAGAGACAGAGACAGAGAGAGAGAGGUGCUGCCGGUUUCUA